GGAGGGGUGGGGGUGCGGGGCGCCGCCGCCGUGCGCGAGUGCGAGUGAGUGUGAGUGUGUGUGUGUGCGUGCGUGAGUGAGUGUGUGUGUGUGUGUGCGUGCGCGCCGGCCUGCCGGGGUGUGCGAGAGGCAGCGCGAGGGCGAGGGAGCGAACGCGAGCCGGGAGCAAGCGAGUUGCGCAGCUGCCGUGCGCGCAGCCCCGCCGCCGCCGCCGCCGCCAGCAGCAGCAGCAGCAGCACCUCACUGGCAUUUAGCGAGCGGAGCUGCUAGUUGCGCUGGAGAGAGACGCGCAGGGAGGAGGAAGAAGAAGAGGAGGAGGAGGAGAAGGAGGAGGAGGAGGGGAAGAGGAGGAGGGAGAGGGAGGAGGAGAAGAAGAAGAAGAAGAAGAAGAAAAAGAAGAAGAAGACGAAGACGAGGAGGAGGAGGGAGAAGAGGAGGAGGCCACACGGACACCAACUGAAACAAAGUAUUUCCAAACCAGCACCCAACUCCACCUUGUGAGGCUCCCCAGCAUGGCUUCCGAGGAACUCUACGAGGUAGAGAGGAUUGUCGACAAGAGAAAAAACAAGAAGGGAAAAACAGAGUAUUUGGUGCGAUGGAAAGGAUACGACAGUGAAGAUGAUACUUGGGAGCCAGAACAGCACCUUGUUAAUUGUGAGGAAUAUAUACAUGAAUUUAACAGACGCCACAAUGAAAAGCAGAAAGAAAGCACAUUAACCAGGACAAACAGGACCUCUCCAAAUAAUGCCAGAAAACAAAUUUCUAGAUCUACCAAUAGUUCUUUUUCAAAGACAUCCACUAAAUCUUUAGUUAUGGGUAAAGAACAUGAGUCAAAAAAUAAUCAACUCUUUUCUGCCACCCAGAAGUUCCGGAAAAACAAUUCACCAUCUCUUUCUGGAAGGAAAAAUAUGGACCUUGCAAAAUCAGGUAUUAAAAUCCUAGUGCCCAAAAGUCCAAUUAAGAGCCGGACGACAGUUGAUGGCUUCCAGAACGAAAGCCCGGAUAAAAUGGACCAUAUAGAGCAGGAUCAAGAAGACUCUGUAGCACCAGAAGUAGCAGCAGAAAAACCGGUGGGAGCUUUAUUAGGACCUGGUGCAGAGCGUGCUAGGAUGGGGAGCCGACCAAGGAUACAUCCAUUAGUGCCAGUGCCAGUAACAGCCACAAUUGCAUCAGCAUUAACAAUAAAUGGAAAAGGUACAUCCACCUUUAUGGAAGCAUUAGCAGCCAAUGGUACAACCAACAUACAAACAUCUGUAACAGGAGUGACGGCCAGCAAACGGAGGUUUAUUGAUGACAGGAGAGAUCAACCUUUUGAUAAAAGGCUACGUUUCAGCGUGAGGCAAACGGAGAGCGCGUACCGGUACAGAGACAUUGUUGUCAGGAAACAGGAUGGAUUCACACACAUUUUGCUAUCAACAAAAUCAUCUGAAAAUAAUUCACUAAAUCCAGAGGUAAUGAAGGAAGUCCAAAGUGCACUGAACACAGCGGCUGCAGAUGACAGUAAACUUGUGCUGUUCAGUGCAGUUGGUAGCAUUUUCUGCUGUGGUCUUGAUUUUAUUUAUUUUAUACGACGUUUAACAGAUGAUAGAAAAAAGGAAAGCACUAAGAUGGCAGAAGCUAUCAGGAAUUUUGUGAAUACUUUUAUUCAGUUUAAGAAGCCUAUCAUUGUAGCAGUAAAUGGCCCAGCCAUUGGACUUGGAGCAUCUAUAUUGCCUCUGUGUGACGUGGUUUGGGCUAACGAGAAGGCUUGGUUUCAGACACCAUACACUACUUUUGGACAAAGUCCAGACGGAUGUUCAUCCCUUACAUUCCCUCGGAUAAUGGGCCUGGCUUCUGCCAAUGAAAUGUUGUUCAGUGGAAGGAAGCUGACAGCGCAGGAAGCUUGUGCCAAAGGACUCGUCUCUCAAGUGUUUUGGCCGGGAACAUUCACACAGGAAGUAAUGGUUCGAAUUAAGGAACUUGUCACAUGUAAUUCAGUUGUACUUGAAGAAUCCAAAGCUUUAGUACGUAAUAUCAUGAAGGUGGACUUGGAACAAGCAAAUGAAAAGGAGUGUGAAGUUUUGAAGAAAAUCUGGGGCUCAGCACAAGGGAUGGACUCAAUGUUAAAAUAUCUGCAGAAGAAAAUUGAUGAAUUCUGAUGAGAUGCCCAUUGACACUGGAAUUGUAUUUCUUGGACAUCAGGGCAAGCAAACUAUGCCCAUUUAAAAAAACCCUAUAGAAACUCACCCCUUGCUCAGCUUGGGAACAGGAGUGGAUUUCCCCCCCCACACACACACCCCUUUUAUUGUCAAGGGGUUUAAAAGAAAGUACUGUAUCACUUAAAUUUGAACAAAACUCCUUUCUCCCUGAUUGUUACGUAUAGAUACACACACACAAGUGUAUGUGUGUGCUUAUAUAUGUCUUUUUUAUAUAUAUAUAUAUAAAAAAAAUGUAAUAUGUGUGUGAGAGUGUGUAUGUAGACACACACACACAAGCUAAAAAAAAAAAUGAUAGAGUGCAC